UAGUUAUGCUCUAAACUGUGAAAUUUGAUUGUAGAAAGUCGCGAACGUCAUUCCAUUGUGUAUCGAAAAGUAUUACUCAAGUCACCAGUUUAUCCGUUAAGAACGUCAUUUACGUGUUAUCGUAUUUAACACGUUAGGUCUGAUUAAAAUAUGUAAAUUUUGUGCGAGUCGAGGUUUCUCGUCGGAAGUCUUAAAUUUUAAAUUAUCUUGCAGUUGAACAAAAACUAAAGUAGUAAAUGAAUUUUUCUGAUAAGGGUAAUUCGCAGUGCUGGUACUUCACUUGCUGACGUUGGUAACCAAUUUUGUUUGGCGCUACGUUAGCAUUCGAGUUGAAAUUUGGCAUCGUAAAAAACUUGAGUUUUUUCUUUUCAAGUGUAGAAUUUGUGGUUGAAUUUUCAUAUCGUUUUGACCGAAUAAUUGUGCUCCGAUCGUGUAAAUACUAUCCGAGUAACGUAGAUCUAAAAAAUCCGAGUUAUACCUAAUAAUUUUAGCUCUCAAAUUGAUAAUUUAUUUUUACAAUUCAACUGUAUGUGGUUCUAGUAGCAAAACGAAUCAUUCGAGGAUAAAUAUGUAUAAAAAUCAGACAUUAAAACGCUUGAAAAUCACGGAGAAAAUUAAAACGAGAAUGGAAACGCCAUCCAGAUCGAGUACUAGUGAAAAAGAAGCAGAAAUAAGGGAAGCAUAUUCAACAUCUUUACAAGACUUGAGUUUUCAUAAUAGUAAACUUUUGAUUGAGGUUUUAACCGACAUAGCCGAUGAGUCGAAAGAAUAUGCUCAUGUUGUAGUGAGCUGUAUUGUCGAGCGACUAGAAAAGGUUGCAGAUCCGUUAAAGUUACCAGUUUUGUAUUUAAUAGACUCCAUUAUUAAACGUGUUGGAAGUGAAUAUUCAGAAUUAUUCUGCAAACAUAUUCCUAGACUGUUUGCUUUAGUAUAUAAACAGGGCGAUGAAACGAUUCGUCAAAAAUUAUCAAAAUUAAGAGGUUGUUGGGGUAUUCUAGUUCCAGCACCCGUUUUAUCGCAAUUAGAUAGAAUGGUCCAGGCUAUAGAUUCUACGUGGUCGUUUUCUCAAUCUUCAACAUCGAUACAUGUGAAUCCGAAAUUCUUUGCUAUUGGUGCAAAUGUUACAAACGCCAACGGCGUCACGACAACGAGGAUUACGCCUGUCAGCAGCGAGUUAAUUAACGCCGCAGCUAAACUUAACGCAGAAAAACGCGCACGCGAUCCUCGUCUGCGUAGAAUCGAACAACAAGAACAAAGUAGACCAGUUGUUGUUAAUACUAAUAAUUCGGCCGCUUCUGUAACCGCUAGAGAAGCAAAAAUACUUCCUCCUGCUUUGUCGACGGCGACGACGACGACGAUCUCUGUUCCUCAUAUCGAUGCUAAAAUUGACCAGAAAAAUGAUAGAAGAGCGCAACUUGAAAAGAGACAAGUACCAGCAUCGAAGAUAGAACCGAAAGCAGCUCCGGUCAAGAAAAUCAUCAAAGUGGUCAAAACUACUGGGAAAUCAUCGUCACGUAGUUCAGAUUCAGCCACCGUCGCCACACCAUCCACUUCGGGGACGAAUUCCACCAUCAGUAACAGCAGCAGUAGUAGCAGUAACGGAAGCAUCGUUAAAGUUGCUAAAUCAUCCAAAGUUGAAUCGUCGACGAAAGCGAAAAGCGCCGGAGGUAGUGUUGCUGGUGCUACGACAAAAACUUCCGCCGCUAUAACAAAAACGAUCGCUGAUACAACGAAAGCGAUCGCCGCUACGACGAAACCGACCUCCGCUGCGACGCAACCGACCUCCGCUGCGACGAAAAGAACUACCGCUUCGACUAUGAACCCCGUUAAGGAGAAAGGAAACGAAAUCGCUGAAAAUAUCGGCGAAAUGUUGAAAUACUUGUUGAACCGAGAUAAACAAAUGGAACGUCCGAAAUUAAAUUAUUUUUCAAAAGAAGAACGCAGCCACAGAUUACGAGUGAUCGCCGAAACUCUGAUCGAGGAUCCGGAAGGUGAUAAAACUUUAGCUUCGAUGGCAGAAUAUUAUCCUAAGAUUGUACCCAUACUGAUCAGUAUGAUGGAGGAAUGCAAAGGCGUCUCGGCCACCGUUAGCGAAAACAAAGAAUCUAAGAAAGUCGAAAAACCCAAGAGCAAAACGACGUUAACCACUUCGAUGAGCAGUAAAAAUUCCGCCGUGAAACGUGACAAAACCGCUAGUCCAAAACGUGCGUCUAAGACUGCAUCGGCUCCAGCUCCGGUUACUAAAAAGACAUCGCCUGUUGUGUCAUCAGUUACGACAUCUCAUAUACCGUUGCCACCGACGACAACAUUGGUGUACGCAGUCACUUCGACGACGACUACGAUUUCGACUCCAGCUGCAAUAUCUACCUCGACGGUGGUUGAACCAUCUCCUCCUGUCGCUAUUACCGUGCCGCCGAUCAUGGCAUCGAUUCCGAUUCCAAUUCCGCCUGUCAUCACUGCCAGUAUUCCUGUCGCAACGAGUACGACCGCGAACCCGGUAAUUUUAGCUGCAACUACCUCAAUCGCCAACUUGGCCGAUAAACUGAUACCUACGACGACGCUGCAAUCGAUCUCCGUUACUACCUCAGCUACUUCAACAUCAGCAUGUUCGUCGAGUCCGACACCAUCGACGGUUUCUCCGGCCAAACCAGUCAGUCCGGCGCAACUAUCUCCUACACUACCUGUACCGCCGCCAGCUCCGAUCAUAUCGUCGACCGCAGCAGCAGCCGAACAAAGUAAAACUCAGGAUGUCGAUUACAGACAGUUAUUCGGUUUCCAGAUACUUCCUGUACCGACGGCUGCGGCAGCAGCAGCAGCAGCGCCGGUGGCUGUCGUUGUUCCCGAAGACGAAUCUAAAAUGGUGAUCGAGGUUAAUUCGGAAGACGAAGAAAUCGAAGAAGUCAUCGACGUCGACGCUUUACCAUCUAAACCCGAAGAAGUCGCAACAACGUCGGUUACGUCGUCUCCGACAACCACCCCUGUAUCUACCUCGUCAUCUAUCAAACCGAUUAAACGUAAAAGUCAAGAUAACAGGAACUAUCGUAAUCACAAGAAAAGGCGAACUAGCGUCAGCAGCAACGAUAGCGAUGCGUCCUCCAGAUGUAGCGUGGACAGCGUCGAAACCAGUAAUAGUAACAGCAACAGCAACAGUGGCAUCAGCAACAACAAACGACCUAUUUCCGAGCUGGCUAAAGUCGGUAUAGAAGAAGAAGGCAGUCGUAGUCCGGGAAUGGAACCGAAAAAAGCCAAAUCAGACGACAGCUUCUAUUCGCAAACCGACACGCCAAACUCCGUAUCGAAUGACGAAAAACCUACGCCGUCGAAUUUAAUCAUCAUGUCAGUAUCGGAAAGCUCUAGACCUAAAACAGAAUCGCCGCCCAUGUUUCCCAAAUUCGAAUCGAAUUUCGGUACCAGUUUUUCCGCUCCUGUCGGAAACGAUUAUACGAUGAAUUCUCAACUCACGACGCCGGAGAUACCACCUACUGAUCUACGUUUCAUUGAUCAGAUCGACAUGGAUCCGGUUAAAAGUAUCAAUAUUGAUGGUAUAUCGCGCGAAAUUCGUCAUUACGGAUCGACCGCCAUCGUGUUCAUGAACUGGGACGAUCCUAGAGAUAUAUCGUUCUUCAACGGAGUCAGAAAUAUCGUUGUCGACGAUAAAUUCGGUAUUCCGUGUACCUUGAAUGCGCCUGAAAUCGAGACACUGGUUUAUGGCGUAAAGCACAGGUUCCGGCUGGGCGUACCUACUCGUGAACUUUACAUCGAUGGCACGGGCUACAAUUGUUAUUUUGGAGGAUCGCCGAUCAGAGUUCGGUUACAUGGCAAAUUGAAUUUUAUAAGAUUAGAAGGACCUCCGCCUUCAGUGAACAUUGGUACGGUUAAAAGACUGGAUGUAGUAGCCGGAAAAAUCAAAAUCAUUAUCGACGAUCAAUGCCAAUACCCAGUUUACUUGGAUGCUAAACCACAAUAUUUUUUUGUCGAUAGGAAACCUGUAGCGCUCAUGUUCAUCGAUGGCUUGAAACGAGUAUUUAUUAAUAACGUAGCAUUUAGAACGGAUUUUGGCGGUCCUUCGCAGUCGUUCAAGUUUUUAGGAAAAGUAUAUCAAUUCAGACUCACGGCUCUACCAAAAGGCAUCUUGCCUGGACUCAAUCUAGCGCAAAUGAUCGUCACGAAAUUACCUUCGCCUCCACCGCUACCUCCGCAGUUUCAAUUUUCAGUUUCAGAUAGUCUGCCUACGCCACCGAUGCCACCGCCCGUCCUAACAACCGCUAUACCUCCUCCGGCUAUAGAGCAGCCACCGCAGGUGACGAAUAAUGUUCCUAGCGCAUCUUCGGGAGUGGGUGGUAUCUUGGAAAAUAUCAGUAUCGACGAACUGUUUCAAAAACUGGUGGCCAGCGGUAUUGUUCCGAAUGUAGAUAAUAAAAGCGAAGAGACUAGUGAUACCGUUAAACACGUAGAUUUCGAUAAACCGGAAACGCUGAAACAGAGACAACCUGCUUUAAUAAAAAUGCUCUAUUCUGGAAUCCAAUGCGGGUCUUGCGGAUUGAGAUUCCCGGCCGAACAAACGAUAAAAUACAGUCAGCAUCUAGAUUGGCAUUUUAGACUGAACCGAAAAGGUAAAGACGGCGCGCGUACUAUUCAUUCCAGAAAAUGGUACUACAGCAAAACCGAUUGGAUUAAGUUUCAAGAAAUGGAGGAUACUACUGAUAGAGGAACCAGUUGGUUCGAUAAUCAUCCAGUUACCGAAUAUACCGAAGAAGUUUUAGAAGAUGUUCCUUGUAUACCGGCCGGUUCGAAUCAAAAUGCCGCCUGCGAAUUAUGCAGAGAUCGAUUCGAACAAUUCUAUAAUGAUGAAAGCGACGAAUGGCAAUUGAGAAACGCGAUCAAAGUAGACGAAUUGAUUUAUCAUCCGAUGUGCUACAGCGAUCAUCAGCAAAAACUAGAACAAGAGAGACUCGAAGCAGCCGAAAAAGAAAAACUUGCCGAAGAAGCAGAGGCAUCGGCUCUUGCUGCUGAUACGACGACGACGACAGACGAGAAACCGGUUGAAAAAUCCGACGAACCGUCUACCGAACCAUCAGCAAUACCAGUAUCGUCGAUGGAUUACGACGACGAUGAUGAUUCGGACGUCGAGGAAGUACGCAUAAUCGAGCAGCCUAUCGAAGAGAUCAUCAUCAACGACGAAAACGAUUACGACGAACCGAACUUGGAAACGUUGAAUACCGAGGAUAUAAUCGCCGCUCAACAGGAAAUCGCCGUCGAAGAGCUGCCCGAAGACGUUCCUAAACCUAUUAAAAUCGAAGACACGGACGAUGAUAAAAUCGUAGAUAUCAGUGAUCCAGCAGGCGAACCUUCUUCUUGCGACGAGUAUAUAGAAACGGUCGUCGAUUCGCCGCAGACGAAAAGCGGUCCCGAAGGGGUUGUUAAUAUGGAUGGAAACAUCGAGCUUUUAGAUAAUCCCGUUCAAAUUCUCAACACCGCUACUAAGAUUAAAAUCAAUAUCAGUAAGAACAUCACCGAAGCUCAUUCUCCUCGGCCCGAGGAACCCAAAAACACCACCAACGGUCACGAUAACGGUGCCGAAGAAACAGUCGCUGAAAACUCGUAUUCGAUAGUGUCGUCGACAAGUGAUGAGGAAAAACUAGUCCCCGUUAGUGUGAAAUCGCGAAUACAAGAUGCAAAGUUGAAUAUCUAUCCGGCUGUUACCAAAGGUACAGAAAAAUCAGGUUUGUGUACUAUUAUGUAACUAACUAAUGUGUUUCUUUUAUUUUUUGUGUCGUUAUAAUUCUCUUUUUCUCAUAACCGAUUGUAAUUAAUCGAUUGUUUUUAUUGUGAUACGUACUCGUGUAAAUAUGUACCUUUCUUUUUCUUUUCUUUUGAAAUAACUAUUUAUUGUCUGAUUUUUUUGAUUUUUAUCUAAAUUAUUCGACUCGAAUUGUGACUGUAAAAUAAUUUUGUAAGUAGUCUUCGAUCCAUUUUUUUUGUAUAGUGUUAUGUAUUAUUUUCAUUUACUUUUGUUUGUUCAUGAUGUAAUUGAAAAUAAAAAAGUUUUUACUGUUGUU